AUGUCCGCCUCCAAGUCGAAGACCGCCUCCAAGGUGUCCAAGCGCUCGAAAAAGGCCGGCGCUGCGGCCCCGGUGGCCGCCGCUGCCGCCGCCGCCGCCGCCGCCGCCAGUGAUGCCGGCGUCCUGCGCAAGUUCGCCGGCUACUCGGUCCUCCCGGUGACGGUCACCGCCCCGGAGGCCGGGGUCCCGGCCUACCCGCACACCCUUUUCAUUCGCAAGCACACCUCCCAAACCCACGGCCAGGUGGACUCCCCCGAAGGGAGCGUCCUCUUCGUGACCAACAUCCCGCCGGUGUGCUCGCGCGCCGCCCUCGCGGCCCUCUUCACGGACAGUGCCUCGUCCGUGAUCGGGGUCACCUUCGGCGUGCUGACCGAGGCCGUGCGCGACAGCGAGGAGGUCCUCGGGCACCACUCGGUGGCCCACGCGGACUUCCACGUCUUCCCGCCGCGCGUGUGCCUGGCUUCGCAUGCGCUGAAGGUGGAUUUGACCCCGGAUGAGAAGGCCCCCGGGCCGGACUCGCUGGUGGCCCUGCGCCACCCGCGCGGGACAUGCGCCUACGUGGCCUUCGCCUCGGCGGCCGACGUGGACCGGGUCCUCGCCUGGUCGGCGGCCACCCCGCGCGAGCUCCACCUCCUGGGCGACAUUUCGGCCGUGAACCGCUACAAGCAGACCUACGCGGCCUUCCGCCCGGCCGAGGCUGCCCUCAGUGCCCGCGUGGACAAGCUGCUCAUGAGCCUCGACAGCAUCAUGGAGGCCCGGGCCCAGGCCGAGCGUAUCCUUGCCUCGCAGCCGGACGACGAUGGCUUCGUCCUGGUCACCUCCGGCUCCGGCAAUGCCGCCAAGAAGUCCAGCCGGCCCAUGGUGUCCACCUAUUCGCAUCAGGCCGAGCUGGUCGCCGACAAGGGUCCCAAGCCCAAGAAGGAGCUCGUCAAUUUCUAUCGCUUCCAGCAGCGCCAGGCCAAGCGUGACCAGCUGGCCGACCUCCGCCGGAAGUUCGAGGAGGAUAAGCAGAAGAUCGAGCGCAUGAAGGCCUCCCGCCAGUUCCGCCCCUUCUAAGGGCAGUCCUUUCCCCCGCUCACACACGCACAUGUAUGAUUCACAUACAUACGCGCGCGCAUACACACACCCACACACACCCACACCCACACACACACA